AACCCAUCUGACGAUGAAAUGUCAAACCCGUCCAAAAUGGUGGCGAAUUGAAUACGUGUGAAGUUGCCGCUAUUCGUACAACGCGGCGAAUUACUUUUGAUUGUUUGUUGUUGUCGCUCACAAGUUGAUUAGAGCUUCAUUUUUUCCGCUUCGCUAAUGUGAAAAUAAAAAAUUCCGCAUUUAAAAUAAAAUUUAUCAAAAAAUUUCCAAAAUAUUCAUUGGUAAACGCAUUGGGCAAAUUGAUUUGUGGCCAUUGGCAACAGUGUGAAGUGUUUCUAAGAUUGUAUGAGCAUUUUGGACAGCAAAAAUGUCUAACCGAGAUAGGGACGAUUCGUUCGACGAUGACGUUGAACCGCCAGCCUUUGGGCCAGCUGCUUUGGGAUUGUUUCGCGUUGGUACCGCAUUGCCACAGCGUGAAAAACCAGCGCAACCCAUUCAAGUUUUAAAUGCACGUGGAAUGCCGGCUCGUAUUCGAAAACGUAAUAAAUUAUUUUUUGACGAUGACAUCGUUAAUGACCCAAAGUCGUUACGUCAAUCGCCGACAAAAAAGAGUGCUAAAUCGACACCACUCAAAACACCCAUCAAAUUGCCGUUGCAUUCACCAAGCAAACAUUUAAAAAAACGCAAAGGAACCGUGUCAAAGUAUUUGAAAAGCCCAUCGUCGGCAUCGAAACCAUCACUUUUGAGUGAUUUGAAGAAAACACCGAAAUUCAAGGAUAAUAAUAUUUCGUCGCCACAACUGCCAAGUGCAUCGAAAGCAUCCACAUCGAAAUCGGUCCCACAAAAUAUCAGCGCUCCGGUGCCAAGCUCACCAUCAUCUGCCAUCAGUGCUAUUGAUCGUGCAAUUAGCCAACGGAUUGGUUUACGCUUGAGAAACCUAUUGAAAUUGCCAAAAGCGCAUAAAUGGGUCAGUUAUGAGUGGUUUUAUAGUUACAUCGAUAAGCCAUUGCUAUUGGGCGAAAACGAUUUCCAAGCAUGUUUGCGAGAGUCAUUUCCUCAAUUGAAAACGAAUCAGUUGAGUCGAACUGAAUGGUCAAAGGUGCGCCGAUUGAUGGGCAAGCCAAGACGUUGUUCACAAUCAUUUUUCGAUGAAGAGCGUCGUGAGCUCGAGCGCCGAAGACAAAAGAUUCGUUUGUUGCAAAGCCGAAAAUCCGGAGAUAUUUCAUUUGUUCGUGAUCUUCCGAAAGAAAUACCACUCUCCCUAUCGAUUGGAACAAAAGUCACGGCUCGGCUACGUCAACCUCAAGAUGGCAUCUUCACCGGAACCAUUGAGGCAAUCUAUUCGAUGUCAAGUGAGUAUCGUGUCACAUUCGAUCGUGCCGGUUUGGGCACACACUCGGUGCCCGACUAUGAAAUCCUGGUGAACGAACCGAUCGAAACAAUCCCAGUGAGCAACAUAACACAGAAUUUCCGACAGAAAAUCAAUGGUCUAUGCUAUGUGCCAUCCCCAUUGGCCAUCGUAAAUAAGCUGAAUCGAAGUGAUCCACUACUGGGCGGUAUCAAUAGCAUUGGCUUCGAUGCACAGUUGAAAUUGAAAAACUAUGUGUUCCCCAAAGAGUCGAUUGGUGGUUUUCAAUUGCGUUUGCUUGAAUUGAUUGUGCGUGCACGCAAAACGCUUGCAGCCAAACAAAUGAAAUUGACACGUUUAAAGAGUAUGAACACGGAGGCCGAAACAUACAAAUCAUACAAUGAACCGUUCCCAGAGGACUAUCAACAACGAUACGCCAGCAUUGUCAUCGGAAUGGAAAAGCUGAACAAAGACAAUCAGAAAUAUUUGUCCGAGGUUCAAACGUACAUCCGUGAUUUGGCCAAAGAUUCUCGCACCGUUGCAAUGCUUGAACCAAGCUAUUUACGUGAAAAAUGUCGAGAGCUCGGCAAAGACACCGUACAGAAGAACUUACAAUCAUCAUUAAUCGACAGCGAUUCGAGUGUGAUGGUUUUGAUCAAUGAUCUAUCGAUGAUUAUGUAUGUCGCAUCGCAUUUACUGUCAACCGACCCAAACUAUCACAUCUCAAAAGUAUUGGAAGGUGUUUUGGAAGAAGCGAAAAACAAAUUGGAUUCCGAGAAUAUCGAUUCAUUUCAUGCAAACGUACAUGCUCACAUUCGGCAUUUGGAAAAGAGUUUAGCGCAACACUGAAAACGGCAUGUGAGUGUGUGAAUGUGUGUGUAUUACGCUCCUUCGGCGUAUGCUGAUGCCCGAGUUUCACUUUUCUUCCGCUUAUUGUAUUAGAUAUAUAAGCAAUUUUCGUUGGUUUUUUUUUCAUCGUCUGAAUCAACCCUCGAUUCGAAAUAAAUUCCUUGAUUGGUUAAGUGUAUCAAAUAGAGAAAAAAAUCGUUUCUUUUUUUUCUUUUCGUGUUUGGAUUUAAACAGUAAAUUUAAGAAAAAAAACAAAUAAAUCUUUUUUUUUCUCUUUAAAUGCAACUGCAAUGCAUAACGUAAUUUAAUGAAUUACUAACCCAAUAUUAGCUGAAUAGAAUGUAAAUUAACUUGACCCAAUAUUUACAAAUAAAAAUAAACACCUUUGCUUUUCUUUUUUAAAGAAACCAAAA